AUGACUUGCACUGACUGGACAAACAGCUUCUUCAAAACCCUGACCCAGCAGACCGUCACGGUCGAACUGAAAAACGAUAUUUCCAUCCGUGGCACGUUAAAGUCCGUCGAUCAAUACCUAAACAUCAAACUCGACGAUAUCACAGUGCUGGAUGAAUUGAAAUACCCUCAUCUGUCUUCCGUGAAGAACAUCUUUAUAAGAGGCUCGGUGGUAAGAUAUGUUCACUUGCCACCUGAUAAGGUCGACAGGGGCCUGUUGGAGGAUGCUUGUCGCAGAGAAGCAAUGAGUCAGAAGGGAAAAGGGACAUAA